UGAACAGUAGAAGGAGGAAGGAAGUGUUUAUAUCAGGAUUUGAGUCAUCACCUUUGAGCAAAGCAUUAUUGGGAACUCUUUCCGUAGUAAUUUCUUAUAUCUGACUAGGUUUGUGUUGCCUCAAAGCUACAAUGAGAACAAUAUUUAUGUUGUUUAUCGUGCUGGUUUAUUUGUCUGGUGGUGUCAGAGGUCUUCUUCAAGGAGACUCAACGGAUCUGUUACCAAAUUCUCCACCAGUAAGCAAUAUGCAGGCACAGAUCAUUUCUGCAAAGGACAUGUCAGCACCAGGAGUAUCUAUUGGAAAUAAACCAGGAGCGGGAGUAUCUACUGGAAAGGAAAAGGAAACGACACUGGCACCAGUAGUCUCUCCUGAAAAGGAAACGGCAUCAGCACCAGUAGUCUCUCCUGAAAAGGAAACGGCAUCAGCACCAGGAGUCUCUCCUGAAAAGGAAACGACACUGGCACCAGUAGCCUCUCCUGAAAAGGAAACGGCAUCAGCACCAGGAGCCUCUCCUGAAAAGGAAACGACAUCGGCACCAGUAGACCCGGCUAGAAAGGAAACGGCACCAGUAGACCCGGCUGGAAAGGAAACCCACGGCACACGUGAUGAGGCAGAGAGCAGUCACUUCUUUGCUUAUCUUGUGUGCACAGCUGUGUUGGUGGCAGUGCUCUACAUUAGCUACCACAACAAGCGGAAGAUCAUUGCCUAUUGCGUCGAGGGAAAGAGGUCGAGAUCGGGACGUCGGCCCAAAGGCGCAGAGUACACCAAGCUGGAACAGAAUUAGUGAAGGUGCAUCACUGUCAUGAAGUCAAUGCCAGAAAACUGUGGAUAUAGGUGUUAAGAUGAAAUAAGGCACCAAACUGAUUCCUGGUGAAAGAAGACUUGCUUGGUUUAAUCAAUAUUGAUUUUUUUGAUUUUUUAACAAAUGGGUAUUACUUAAUAGAUGUUUGUCUUUGGAUGCUUAUUGCAUGACUAUGCAGAGGAUACUGUUGCUGAGAAAGAUAAGCAUGCUUGUGUUUGCACUCCUGUGUUAUUGUGCUACUUUGGGGUGUCCUUUGUUUUCUCAGUCAGUCCAUCUGACUGAUAUAAUAACUUGAUGUACUGACUCAGGAUGAUUUUUUUUGUCACAGAAGAAGUUAUAUUUUGAGGAUUCCAACUGGUCCCUUAGUGUUUGCAAGUACUAUUGGACAGUAGUUGGACACCUGCUAUGAUGACCACAAUGUUGGCCAGAUGAAUGUAAAGGUACUUCUUGUAUGUUUUGGAGUGUUGUAUUUUCUUUUUAGCUUGAUCCCUUCUGAGAUGGCAGAGGAAAGGGGCGUUUUAGUUGCAUUGUGUUGGUUGGAGUGUCAGUAAGUGAAAAACAGUGAAAGUGAUUGUGUGACUGAUAAUGCAUGUGGAUGAAUGAUACUGAACUUAACCUAGGCCUAAAUUCCAAAUAUAUUAGAGCAGGGGUGUCAAAAGCAUUAUCUUCACGAGGUUUGGAGGGCCACACGUACAAUGUUAUAUUUCCUAGCUGUCAGAAUCUGAAAAAAAUAUUCCAAUAUCCAUCAGUUUGGUAAUUUUCGAUGCUCUCUGACUGUCUAACAUUCGAUUAGAUCAGGGUUUCCGAAACUGUCCUAGCCCCCCCCCCCCCCCCCCCCCCAAAUAAUGUUCCUUGAGUUUUGUAGAAGUUUAGAGUGACAAAAAGUAGCUAAAAGCCGAUGUAUGGUUAAUCUGGCAUCUGAAUUGGCCGUAGAGCAUUUACUGCGAUGCGGUCUCUACAGAAGUCAGGGCAUUCAUAAUUCUUGAGGAGCAGAGCAGAGUUGUUGUCAAGGAAGUGCGUUUGUAUUUAUACGGGAUGUACCGCCCCCACCUACCAUCAACCAAUCAUGUCAAUGUGGAGCUGUACGGAGCUCCCAGCAUUGUUACAUGCGGCCUCCGGAGGCUCUGUACAGAGGGUGUGAUGCAGCUGCGGCUCCUCUGGAGGCUUGCGGAGGCCGCAUCGCCGCCCAGAUUUUGUAUCAAUGCGGAGGGCUCCCUAUAGCUUUGUAUAGCUCUGCAUUGACAUGAUUGGUUGACGGCAAUGCCGGAUCAACGGCUUUAACACUUCUCGCAUGUCUCGCCAUUGAGCAGAGCAGCCCAAACGGAGCCGUUGCUAUGGUUACACAUAAUGAGCCGCCAUGAGAAUAGUGCAUGCAGAGCGUGCUGCUUGCGCGCAGGGAGCGAGAGAUGGACAGAGAGGAGCAGCUAAUGGAUUUACUAAGUGAGGAAGUUAUUUCUGGUUUCGGGCAGGGCUGGGCCUUUAAAUUUGGCAGAAGUAAUUGGGCCGGGGCAGGGUAGUGCCUGAAUGUGGCGGGCUUGGUUAGUGCUAAAAUUCAUGCACGUGCAGGGCUCUCCCGAGGAUUAGAGCUAUCUAGCAUGUGAAGGGGGGCAUUAUGUAUUUAUGUUCUUUCUAAAGAGGGACAAUAUAUUUUUUAAUUUGACCUUUAUUUAACUAGGCACGUCAGUUAAGAACAAAUUCUUAUUUACAAUGACUGCCUACCCCGGCCAAACCCGGACGACGCU